UCAUAAGUCAUCAGCCUACUGAUAUAACACAAUGUGCCGGCGUGGCGUGUAUAUACGUCACAGAUAACAACAGGUAAGAGAACCAGCCGGCCGCCCGGGUGGUCAGUCACACACACGACACCAACGAGUCAGCUCCUGCAACUUCCGUCUCUCACUCUGUUAACACCACACCACCACCAAAAUGUGUGACGACGAGGUUGCAGCUCUGGUUGUGGACAAUGGCUCCGGUAUGUGUAAGGCUGGUUUUGCAGGGGAUGACGCCCCCCGCGCCGUCUUUCCCUCUAUCGUCGGUAGACCAAGACACCAGGGUGUGAUGGUGGGCAUGGGUCAAAAGGACUCUUAUGUAGGUGACGAAGCACAGAGUAAGCGAGGUAUUCUGACUCUCAAAUAUCCCAUUGAGCAUGGAGUUGUUACUAACUGGGACGACAUGGAAAAGAUCUGGCAUCACACAUUCUACAACGAGCUGCGUGUGGCUCCUGAAGAACACCCAGUUCUGCUGACAGAAGCUCCACUCAACCCUAAGGCCAAUCGCGAGAAGAUGACCCAAAUAAUGUUCGAAACCUUCAACACCCCUGCAAUGUAUGUAUCAAUCCAGGCUGUGCUCUCCCUAUACGCCUCUGGUCGUACCACUGGCAUUGUUUUGGACUCUGGUGAUGGUGUAUCACACACUGUUCCCAUCUACGAAGGAUAUGCCCUUCCUCAUGCUAUCUUGCGUCUGGAUUUGGCCGGUCGAGACCUGACAGACUACCUGAUGACCAUUCUUACUGAGCGAGGUUACACUUUCACAACCACAGCAGAGCGAGAAAUUGUUCGUGAUAUCAAAGAAAAGCUGUGCUAUGUCGCCCUCGACUUCGAGGAGGAGAUGGCUACCUCAACUCAGUCUUCAUCCCUCGAGAAGUCCUACGAACUUCCCGACGGUCAGGUUAUUACCAUUGGAAACGAGAGGUUCCGCUGCCCUGAGGCUCUCUUCCAACCUUCCUUCCUUGGCAUGGAAAAUGCUGGAAUCCACGAGACUACAUACAAUUCCAUCAUGAAGUGCGAUGUCGAUAUCCGUAAGGACUUGUACGCCAACACUGUGAUGUCUGGCGGCACCACCAUGUAUCCUGGAAUUGCUGACAGAAUGCAAAAAGAAAUUACUGCACUUGCACCAUCCACUAUGAAGAUCAAGAUCAUUGCUCCUCCAGAACGUAAAUACUCUGUAUGGAUUGGCGGUUCCAUUCUUGCUUCGCUCUCUACCUUCCAACAGAUGUGGAUCAGCAAACAAGAAUAUGAUGAAUCUGGCCCAUCUAUUGUCCACAGGAAGUGCUUCUAAGAAAGACAUACACCUUGACCUUUAUCAAUAACACCAGCACUGCAAUAAUAAUUUAUGAAUAUCAUGAAAACAUGUUUUUAUUAAAAUUUAUUAAUAGUCUUAUCAUGAUAAUUUUUCUCAGUUGAAAACAUUGAACCUUGAAUGAGGAUUCAAGUUUUGCUCACAUUUUGUUUCAGAUCGGUGCUGAUAUAUAUCAUUGUUCUUGCAUAAUUUCAGUUGUCAACACAUUGUCUUGUAACACAGAAUAGGUGCUGAUAGGUAUUUUUAGAAUUAAAUUAUUCGAGGAUGAAUGAGUGCAGCAUAUACAAAGUUUAUGCUGAAUAAACAUUAGGUAAUUCAUUGGAUUCUUGAAUAUUUCUGUGAAUUAAUGAUAGUGGUUGUAUCUUCUACGUUAGUUUACACACUAGUAAUUUGUUAUAUACAUACAUCGUUUACAAAUAACAUGUUCACUAAUAUUUCCUAACCAGUAAUACAUAUAUUUCCAAAAGUUGAGUGUCAACACAGUUUUCGUCAUAUCAAACUGCAUCUCUUGAUACAAUCGUUUGAUUAAAUAAAUGUCCAUGCCGCAAAUUUUAAAUACUAUAACAUAAUCUCAUACACCUUUCCUUACGACUCAUUUUCUAAUCAUCAGAAUUUGUACGAAAUAAAUUUAAAGUGUAUCAAUAUUCCAA